AAAAUAAUAUUGGAUAAAAAAAUUAAAUAUACAAAAGUUUUUAAGAAAUCUUCUAAUCCAUUUUAUAAUGAGAAUUUCGUUUUUGAAUUGCAUUGUUCAGUUAUAGAACUUUUAAAUAAGAAAAUUUUAUUUGAAGUUAAACAAAGAUUUUGUAAUAAAAAGGACAAAAUGAUUGGGGAAUUAUUAAUUGAUUUGAGAAAUGUAUGGAAUCAAACUGGUCAUUUAUUUUUUAAGAAAUGGGGGAAAUUAGAAUCACCCUAUGGGAAACGUAAUGAUAUUCCAAGAGGAUAUUUACAAAUUGAUUUAACGAUCAUUUCACGUAAUUAUAUACCGAUUGAGAAAAUGAAAAUUGAUUUCGAUGAUGAUAUUGAAAAAAUUAUUUUAAAAAAACAAAUCCAAUCAAUUGAUGAGAAAUUGUGGUGGAAAGAGGAAAAAUUUAUAAUUGAAUGUUUAAUAUUACAAGGAGAUUUUAAUAUAGCUCAGAAGAAUAAUAAUAUGAAAUCAAUUGUCUUAAGGGUAACAUGGCCUGAUAUAAGACAGAAAUAUGAAGUGGAUUAUUUUAUACAGAGCUUUUUAAAAGAAUUGCAUCCCGAUGAAGCAACUGAAUAUGAAAUUGAAGAAAUUCUUACAUUAAUUGAAUCCAAAAUAAGAAAAUUAAAUGAAAUAUUAGAAUCUCGUGUACAAGAUGUCUGGCCAUAUUUAAUUUUUCAAUUAGAAAUAGGACAAAAUAUUGUUGCAGCUCAAAUUUUAAAUACAAAAGAAUUUAUUUAUACAAAACGAGAGGAUUGUAAGAGUCAUUUAAGUGGAAUCCGUCAUGAAAUCCUUAUGAAAUCAAUUGAAUGUCAACACACUUGUAAUAAAUGUGGAUGUAUUUAUGGAAAAUUUGACAGUUUAAUUUGGAUUGGAACUGAAGAAGAAUAUACUGAAAGAUUAUUAGAUAUUGAUUUAUUUCGAAUGGGAAAUAAAAUAUUUGAAUAUAAUUUUAAUGAACCAACUAUUGUAUCAUGUCAUAUAUAUUUAUAUCAGGCAAAAAUACGUCCUGGUAAUGAUAAAACUGGAUUAUGUGAUGCUAAAAUACGUUUUACAAUUUUAAAUAAUUCAUAUGAAACAGAAGUUAUUAAAGAAUCUUUAUCACCAAUAUGGAAUGAAAAAAUAAUAAUUAAUGAUAUUAAAUUGAAAGGUCCAGCAACAUGGUAUUCAGAAAAUCCUAUUCAAUUAAGUAUUGAAGUUUUUGAUGAUGAUGGUUUAGGAAAUUUCGAAUAUUUAGGUUGUGGUUUAAUACCUGCUGCUUUUAAAUUUAAUGAAUAUGACAUGGGAUCAAAGAAUUUUGAGGGCAUUUCUAUUAAUCCUUUAAAAUGGAUUAAUAUCUAUUUGAAUGGAUCAAGUACAGUUGAAAUUUUAAUGUCCUGUGAACUUAUUGAAUUCUCAGACGACAGUGAAAAGCUUGGCGAAAAUUCUCAAGAAAAACCAAUUAUUGAAAUAUAUAAAGAUUUACCAAAAUUUUCUAUGCCAUUUUCUAAUACUGAUUCGAAAAUUAUUGUAUUAUUUGGAAAUAUACAAUUAGAAUCGAAAUUAGAUAAAAUAAAAUAUGGAAAAAAUAUUAAUUUUCUAAAAUCGUUUUCAUCUGGAAUUGUGGAUCUCGCAGAACAAUUAGAAUAUUGGCCACCGAUUGUUAUAAAACAUAUUGAAAAAGACAAACCUAUUGGAGCAGCAAUGAUAUCAAAUCCUAGUAAAUAUUUUCAUCAAAAAAUUUUCCCUGUUAAAAUUAUUGGAAGUAAACAUUCCAGUCGGGUUACAUUCAAUAGAAAACGUUUUGCUGAAUAUUUUAAAAUAAAUUCGGAUACUUCUGAGUAUACAUGGUGGACAAAAUUUUAUAAUUCAAUAAAUCGUUUUCGAAAUAAUUAUACGCAAAAUCAAAAACAUUAUUUAAUUAUUUACAAUUCUGAAUUGGAAAAGCAAUCUGAAUUUGAAUAUUUUCAUGAUUGGGCUGACAAUAUUGAUUUAUUUCAAGGAAUUGAACAAAAUACAAAUAGUUCAAUUAAAGAAAUAUCAUAUUGUAAUUUAAAAUGUAAAAUUAAAAUUGAAUAUUUUGAAAAUUAUCAGACACCUUCUGCUUCUAAUUACCAAUUAUCUGAAAUUCCAUUAAUUAAAAAAUUAAAUGAUAUUAAAUUAUUACAUGCAACAAAUUUAAUUGUUGUACGAAUUUAUAUUGUUCAAGGAUUACAUUUAAGAUCUCAUGAUAAAAAUAGUCCACCAGAUAGUUUUAUAAAAAUAAAACUUGGAAAAAAAUGUAUAAUAGAUCGUACUAAUUAUAUACCAAAUCAAUGUGAUCCAAUUUUUGGUAAACGUUAUCAAUUAGAUGCCAUGUUACCGAGGGAUAAUAUUUUACAAAUUUCAUUAUUUGAUCGCGGUUCUUGUAUUGAUACGCUAAUAGGAACUACAACAAUUGACUUAGAAGAUAGAUAUCGAACAAAAUUUAGGGCAACUGUAGGAAUAUCUAAUGAAUACGAUAGAGACGGUUACAAUAAAUGGCGUGACAAUAAGCAACCCAGUGCCCUUUUAGAAGAAAUAUGUGAAAAAUAUAAUUUAAAGGAACCAAUUUAUUUAGAAAAUUGUAUUAUUGUGAAUGAAAUAAAAUUUGAAGAUUCAAAUAUUUUUCAAUACGAUCGAGAUUUCAAAGAAAAAUUGAGUUUAUCGGCUUUGAAAAAUCUGCAUAAAAUACCAGAAAUUGGAUUUAAUUUAGUACCUGAACAUGUUGAAACAAGGUCACUUUAUCGAGAAGAUAGUCCAGGAAUAGAACAAGGUAAACUACAAUUAUGGAUAGAAAUAUUUGAUUAUGAAAAUAUUCCGGAACCAAUUAAUAUUACACCUAUUCCACCCAAAAAUUACGAAUUACGUGCUAUAAUUUAUAAUACCGGUGAUGUAAAAAUGGAUGAAACAAAUAUUUUUGGUACAAAAAUGUCUGAUAUUUAUGUAAAAUGUUGGCUUGAUAAUGUCGAUAAUUUUCAACGUACAGAUAUACAUUACAGAUCUCUUUCAGGAGUUGGAAAUUUCAAUUGGAGAAUGGUAUUUCCAUUUAAAUAUUCUGAAAAUGAAGAUAUGUUAGUGGUCACAAAACGAAAACGUUUUCAAGAUUCAUCUGAAAUUAAAAUGCCACCAAUAUUUAGUUUGCAAAUAUGGGAUUUAGAUAAAUUUUCGGCAAAUGACUUUCUAGGAUCUUUAGAAAUUAAUUUAUCAAAUUUAGCAGAACCAAGUCAAUCGAAAAGGAAUUGUAAUUUAAAGACUGAUGGCAAGAGAUUAAUAAACUUAUUUAAAGAAAAGAAAGUUAAAGGAUGGUUUCCAUGUAGUGGUCAUAAUAAUACAAAUGGUUAUGAAGUAUCGGUAAGUUGAAAUUCGUAUAGUUUCUCCUAUAAAAAGAAAUAUGUAUGUAUAUUUUAAUUUGUAUUGAAGGGCAAAAUUGAAAUGGAAUUAGAAAUUUUAACUGACAAAGAAGCUUUGAAUGAUCCAGUCGGCUUAGGACGUAAUCCACCAAAAGCAUUAAAAGAACCAAAUCGCCCGAAAACAUCAUUUGAUCCCUUCACGAAUCCAAUAAAAUCAUUAAAAUUUAUUAUAACUUCUUGA